AUGUGGCGUCGCGGCCGCAUGGGCGGGUCGGUAAGUUCUGUGGAGAGUAUUUUACCUCCGCCCCCAGUGCGGUCUCCACCCGGCGCUUUACUGUCGCCGGUAAAUCCACCACUCAACCUCCCGCUGAGAGAUCGGCCUCAGCCAGGGUCCCCCCCUCCGCCGUCCACACCUGGGGCCCCCUCGCCACCAGAUCCUCCGAUAUCACCGAGGGAGAAGAUAUCGCCAUGGCAGAGGGAGUGGCUUGCCAGAUUUACUCCUGGCAUGGAGUGGGCCACCUUCUUGGCCACUCUGGACAAACUGGUGACGUCACUGUCGCCGGCACCGAGCCCUUCACGACAGCCGCGGCCGGUGGGAUUUCGUCCACCUAGACCCCGACGUACGCGCCACGACGGUGACCGCGAUGUACGCGAAGCGGCGCGUAUCCAAAAUCUCUACCGGACUGCCCCCAAACGAACCAUGAGGGAGAUUCUAGAGGCCUCUUCGCCGAUUUGCUCCAUCCCUGAGGAAGCCAUAAUGGCCUAUUUUACCUCUUCUUACUCGGCGAAGAUUGGCUGUGCCGUUGAGCCUCCUCCUGGCUGCGCUAUACCCGCUGGGGCUUCCCCGCCCCCGGUGCUAGACCGGAUCGAGCCGAGGGAAGUAGCUAAGAUGCUACGGAAAACCGCCAACACCGCUCCGGGCCCGGAUGGUGUCAAAUAUGGCAUUUGGCGCCGCCGUGACUCCACUGGUCACGUGCUUUCCACCAUUUUUAAUAUCUGUCUGGCGGCCGGGCGCUUCCCGCUCUCGAAGGUCUCGGCCACGGUGUUGAUCCACAAAAAGGGGGCCCCCGAUGAGAUUAGCAACUGGCGGCCCAUCGCGCUGUCAGACACUGCAGGCAAGCUGUUGUGCAGUGUAUUUGCUCAUCGCCUGUCAUCGUGGUUGACCGACAAUCGCCUCCUAUCCUGGGCGCAGAAGGGGUUCACUUUGUCCGAGGGCUCCUUGGAGCACAAUUUCAUGCUCCAGGAGCUUCUGGAUGAGGGACGACGACGGGGUGGGGAGCUUUGCUUAGCGUGGCUCGAUCUUGCUAAUGCCUUCGGGAGUGUCCCUCACCGGGCUGUUGUGGCGGCAUUGCGAAGUGCGAGCCUCACGUAG